AUGCCUACCUUGUACAGAGUAGAGCCCCUCAUUGCUCUCUCUUUAUUGCUGCUCGUUCUUCCCCAUUCCAAGCUUGGCAGCCAGUCAGACCACAGUGCGUUGAGGCUCAGCGCAAGACAAACCGAGUGGUCAGGCCCCAGAAUUGGAUCACCAUCUAUCCAUGACCCAUUCCAACAUGCAAGCGCAGUGGUGACCGUCCUGCUCGCAAGAGGAGAAAAAGGGACAAGGUUUGGUGCCAAUGAGACCAUCACCCAAGGAGGAAUAAGUUCUCCGCCAGCAGAUAGCCCGGGGGCCUGGACCUCCUCCGCCGCACCACCACCACCAACACCACCACCGCCAUCAUCAUGGCACCAACAACGGCUUGUAUUCUCUCCUACUGGACUGGAGGAAUGA